UCUUGUUCUUUAAUCCUUAAUUCAACUCGACCGUGCAUAUGUGGUGCAGUUUUAACUUUCCCAUUUGAAAAAAGCUGAAAUUUACACAGGUAAUGAAGCCAAACGUGGAAUUUAAGCAUUCGGCGGAGUAGCUUUCACCUUGCGUCUUAGAAAUUUUAGAUUUAUUCACAGAAAUAUUUGGCAGGGAGAGAUUUUGGAUUUAUUCACAGAAGUAUCAACUCUUUGUUUUGAUCAGUGUUUAUAUAGUGACAGUGUUAAUUUUGGAUCACAGGAAGGAUUUUACGUGUUAAAGUGGCCUUGCUGCUUUAUAGUGUAUUUUAGUCAGCUGAGGAGGUUUUAGAGGCUCAAGUGGAAAGUCCUAAAGCAAAGGAACAAGUCAAAAUCUUGUAUAUGAAACCUGGGUGCGCGUGGUUUGCUUUUGCCGUCUACGGUUUUAUGAAAGUUUGACAAAAUAGAACAUAGAAAGCCAGAAAGACACCGGAAAUGGAAAUUUUGCGAAAUGGCUGGACUUUUUGGAAAAGGGAGUCUUUGUAAGUCAUUCUGUUUCUGUUUAGCGAUUCACUGAAUGACACCAAUGGAGCAUGGUAUGUAUAAUGAGAAGGCAGUCAUUGAGAAUUUGCCAAAUUCUCAGCCACAAGGAACCAGCGGUACAUCAUCAAAUUCGGUUCAGUCAGAGACUAUCAUUGUAAUAAAAGAAGAGACCAAGUAUGUAAGCAAAGAAGAUGAGAACUCAAAUCCCAAGUCCGAUACUUUGGAGACGAGUAAGGUAUCUGGGGAUGAACAGAAAGUAGAUUCUGUAGCACCAGACAGCCAUUCCAGCAUCAUCGAUAUUAGAAGCACCUGUGAUACAGUGAGUGGUGAAUUGGUUAAUGCUGAAACGGUUUGCAGAAUAUGUCAUUUGAGUUCUGAACACCAAUCUAGAACUACAACUCUUAUCCAGCUUGGUUGUGGCUGCAAAAAUGAACUUGGUAUUUCACAUCCUCAGUGUGCUGAGGCCUGGUUUAGGAGUAAAGGGAAUAGAAAGUGUGAAAUUUGUGGUGAGAGUGCAAAAAAUGUAACAGGCAUUGAGGAAAACACAGGAGUUGUGGUGGGGUGGACUGAGAUGAGGAUAAUAGCUAGCGCCAGGAGUUCCCAUUCCUCAGGCAAUGAUGGCUCAUGUUGGAGAAGAAAUCAUUUCUGUGAUUUUCUGUUGGCUUGCCUGGUUCUAGCCUUUAUACUCCCAUGGUUCUUUUCUCGGAAUUAAUAGGCUCAUGCCAUUCUUUUUUCUUUUCUUUUUUUCAAAUUUAUUGUUGAAAAAAAAAAUGAAUUAAGAUAUUUAUGCUUUUGAAAAAAGAAAAAGAAAAAAAAAGAGGGUAGUAUUAAUUCCAAAGGCCUUGAAGAAUUGUGAAUUAAAAUCCUUGUGUGUACAGUACUUGCAGCUUCUUACUGUAGUGCUACUUUGUGGAUAAAUUUCUUAUGUACAUGCCUAUCAAUUGCUUGAAGAAUACGUUUUAUGUAUUACAUUUAUUAUGUUUUUUUUAUUA